ACAAUCCAGGAGCACUCCAGAGCUACGUGAUACUUGAGAAUGUCCCCUUUCCCUUUGUUAAAAUCACCAAAGCAUCAUAGCAUGAGGAAAACUUGUAGAUAGCGGUUGUUUUUCCGCACUUGUAACUAGGAGUCAUUUUCAUCGGUAUCGAUAUUAUCCUGAGUAUAAGGCAUACGAGUCCAUCUUUGACCUCUCCUUUGUUUGACCUAUGACCCUUCUAUUCGACACCGGUACACCGCCAAAUUUGUUCUCGUAACGUCUGGGCCUUUUGAAGACAAAAAUCUACGCAAGAAACCGGUCAGAGCGAAAAAAGACUAGAGGCUUGGCACAGCAAAGACGGAUUUCAAGCCUGCCUAUUCAAAAAGCUGCUGUGAUGGGAUGAAGUGCCCAGCUAGCUCUUCAACUGAGGUAUUGCAUAAGGGUCUCCUACCAAAGUUUUCUCGGGCUGCCUAGGAAGGUAUCCCACUGGAGUUACCCAAAAUUGCCCAGGAAAGUAUACCACCAGGAUUUCUGAGAGUGAGAAAGACAGUGUUACUUUUUAUACAAGCCUGCGGACCUAGAUUUCAAGGUAAAUAUGUUUCAGAUACUAGUACUCAAUACGAACACGGAACCUCAAACUCUGGGAAAACUCCACACCUGCUGGUAUUGUGAGUUCAGCACCUACAGCAGCUCGGAACUUUCUGAGCACGAGAAAACCCACCCAAAAGACAAACCCUUCAAGUGCAACCACUGCGACUUUUCUGCAAAAUAUAGGUCCACUUUGCGCCAGCAUCUUCUCAGGCACACUGGUGAGAAACCCUUUAUGUGUAAAGACUGUGGGUUCAGGACAGCUCAAAAGAGUCGCCUAUCUGAGCACAUGAGAACCCACACGGGUGAAAAACCUUACAAGUGUGACCAGUGUGACUAUUCUGCUGCCCUGAAAUCUACUUUGGCCAAACAUCGAACAAAGCACAAUACCAAGAAGCCCUUUCUGUGUGAUGAGUGUGGAUUCAGGACAACUCAUAAGGCUUUCUUAAAAGGCCAUAUGAGAAGUCAUACAGCAGAGAGGCGCUUCAAGUGUGACCAGUGUGACUACGCUGCAGUGAAGCAGUCAAAUCUGACUCGCCAUCUCGAAAAACAUGCGACUGAGAAGUCCUACGUAUGCGGGGAAUGUGGGUUCAGUACAGCUCGCAAGGACAGCCUUAUCAAACACUUGCCUGUCCACGCAGGACCAAGACCAUACAAGUGUGACCAGUGUGAGUACGCGGCAACACGGAAACGCCAUGUGAAGAUCCAUCUAGCAAGAUAUCAUACAAGUGAGGAACUCCACUUAGAGGCAGAUGAUAAGUGUCCCGAUGCUGAUGAUGAAAGCUCCUGUGAUGAGUCCCCCACGGAAGUUUUCCAGAACUGGUCAGUAGGGUCUCCCUCAGUAGUUUUCCACGAUAGCGAAGCUGGACCUACAAAUGAAGUUCCGAAAAACUGCCAAAGUGGGUCUCCCAAUGAAGUUCUUCCUAACUGCCCUACUGGAUCUGCAAAUGAAGUUUCCCAGAACUGUCAAAAUGGGUCUCCCUCUGAAGUUUUUCAACAGUGCCUAGAAGGGUCUCCUACUGGAGUUGUACAGAACAGCACCAAAAGUUAUACCACUGAUGUUUCUGAGAGUCAGGAAGGCGGUGCUAGACAGCAGACAGCUGCACAAAGUUCCAAUCAGUCCAGCACAACUAAUAGCUCCGCACUUUCUAAACAAAUUGAGGCACAGACAGUAGACAAGCCCUUCAAGUGUGACCACUGCAACUUUUCUGCGAGAUAUAGGUCCACUUUGAGACAACAUCUUGUCAGGCACACUGGAGAGAAACCCUUCAUGUGUAAAGACUGUGGGUUCAGGACAGCUAAUAAGUAUCAGUUAACUAGGCAUAUAAGAAUCCACACAGGUGAAAAACCUUACAAGUGUGACCAGUGUGACUACUCUGCUGCAGAGAAAUCUACUUUGACUAAACAUCAAACAAAACACAAUACCGAGAAGCCCUUUCUGUGUAAUGAAUGUGCAUACAGAACAACUCACAAAGCUUACCUAAGAGAUCAUAUGAAAAGCCAUUCAGCUGAGAAGCCCUUCAAGUGUGACCAGUGUGACUUUGCAGCAGUGCGGAAGUCCAAUCUGACACGACACCUUGCAAAACAUGCGACUGAGAAACCCUUUGUUUGUGAGGACUGCGGUUUCAGAACGGCCCUCCAUCAUGUCCUAACCAAACAUUUGUUGUGCCAUGCAGAAAAGCAGUAUAAGUGUGACCAGUGUGACUUCUCCACAGCACGUGAGUCUUCACUGAAGCUCCAUCGCGCUAAACAUACCGGUGAGAAACCCUACAGGUGUGGGGAGUGCGGGUUCAGAACAGCCAUAAAGAGCAGCCUAACACAACACUUGCUGCUCCAUACAGGACAAAAACCCUACAAGUGUAAACACUGUGACUUUUCCACAACACAGAAAGCCCAUCUGAAGGCUCACCUCGCAAAACACCCCGGCGAGAAAGCAUUCAUCUGUGAGGUAUGUGGAUACCGGACUGGUUUGAAGGAUCAAUUUUCUAGUCAUAUGCUGAUCCACACAGGUGAAAAACCACACAAGUGUGACCAGUGUGAGUUUUCUGCAAGAAAGAAGUCCACUUUGCGUCUACAUCGUGUGAAAUACCAUGGUGCCAGAGGUUACACGUGUAGCGAGUGUGGAUACAGGGCAGCUAGAAAAGCUGUCUUCAUCCGGCAUAUGAAGGUCCAUACAGGGGAGAAACCGUACAAUUGUGACCAGUGUGACUUUUCUACUGCACACCGACCCACUCUGAAGCGACAUCAAGCAAAACACACUGGUGAGAAACCCUUUGCUUGUGUGGAAUGUGGAUUCAGGACAACUUGUAACAGUAGCUUAUUGGCUCACAUGAAAACCCAUUCAAGUGAAAAACCUUACAAGUGCGACCAAUGUGACCAUUCUACAGCACAUAAAUACGCUUUGAACCGACAUUUGCUCACUCACACUGGUCAGAAACGGUACAUGUGUGACCAGUGUGACUUCAGGACUGCCAAAAGGUAUAACUUACUACGACACGUAACAAUGCACACAGGGAAAAAGAUUUACAAAUGUAGCAAGUGCGACUUUUCUGCCGAGCAGAAAUCUAGCGUGGACGAACAUUAUGUGAUACACACUACUGGUGGGAAACCUUUCAUGUGUGGCCAAUGUGAAUAUAGGACAGCUCGAAAGUCUGACUUAACCGAACAUCUGAAAGUUCACGGAGGUGUGAGACCCUACAAACAUACCCAUGGCGAAUUUUACACAAUCGAGGAGUCGACUUUGGACUAUGACUUAGCUCUAAACACCGGUGAGAAACCCUACAUGUGUGAGAUGUGUGGGUACAAGACUGCUGGAAUGACUGAGUUAUCCCACCACAUGAGAACCCACACAGGGGAAAAUCCUUGCCAGUGUGACCAGUGCUACUCUUCUGCAACAGAGAAGUCGAGUUUGAAUCACCAUCAUACAAAACACACUGGAGAGAAUGGGUUAAGAACAGCUAAAAACUCUCAAGGAUCAAAUCAUUUGAGAACGCACACAAGUGAAAAACCCUACAAGUGCAACCAGUGCGACUAUUCUGCUCCACAAAAAUCGAGCUUGGACAAACAUCUAGCAAAACAUGCCGAAGAGAAUCUCCUUGUUUGUGUGGAGUGUGGGUACAGGACGUCUAACAAGACUAGCUUAGCCAAUCACUUGAAAACCCACUCAGGGGAGAAACCUUACAAGUGUGACCAGUGUGACUAUUCUGCAGCACAAAAAGGCACUUUGACGCGACAUCUACAAACUCACACUGGUCAGAAACGGUACAUGUGUGAUCGUUGUGACUUUAGGACUAACGCUAAGUUUAAUCUAUCCCGACACAUGAAAACGCACACUGGAAAAUUGUGACUUCUGCAAACAUUUCAAAGAUCAUCUUGGAGACAAGCCCUACCACAAGUGUGACCAUUCUGCAACAUAGCAACCAGAUUUGAACUAUCAUAUUGCCACACACUCAAACCUUAAUUAUGUGGGGAAUGAUCCAAUGUCUCAUCCGAUGUCCGGGCAUUUUUUGACAAAUACUGGUGAAAACCUUCCAGAUGUGAUUCAUGUGACUAUUUUGGCUAUAUGUGAGAGAACACUGGUGAGAAACUCCAUAUCUGCAAGUGUGGGGAGUGCAGCUACAGAGCAGUCCAAAAGUCAGCUAUCUCAGGAAAACAUGUUUAGGAGAAACUAACUAGUGUACAAUGAUGAUAACAAAUAUGUUGUAGUUGCAUACACAACUGCAUGUCUACUGACAAGGUUGUUGGUACUUUUUUGUGUAGUAGUACAUUCCAGUUAUAGUAAGAUGAGUGCAAACAAAUAAUAUGUACUUCUUGUGUGCUAUUUCAAUCACUGAUGUUAUUGCACUCUAGUAUUACUGUAGAUAACAUUAUAUGCCAUUGGUGUAACUGUCAAUGUUGAACAUUUACAUGUAGUUGACUUGACUUAGUGGAGUAUGCUAAUAUUUAUAAUUUAUAAAUCUACUUGUAUUCCUGCAUGAUAGAUCUUAUACUUCUUUCAGACUCUAUAUAUUGUUUCAAGGUGAUUCUGUACUGUGUAGUAAAAUAUUGAUUUGUUCAAUGUUUUCUAGAACUAACUUAGCUGGCAGAAUAGUAACUACUGGUACUAGUUUUGUAUGCAUGCAUUUUGCACAUUGUUUUGAUUUGUAUUG